AUGCCUCCUGAUACCAAAGGGCUAAAGAGAACGCAUGAUGAGAUGAGCUCGGCAUCGCCUGCUAGAAAUCUGAUGGAGAUUCCGCAGGUGGCAUCUAAAGAAAACCUUGUCAAGCCCACUCCUAAAGCAGAGAAAGAACAAGGCUAUAGGCACGGGCCCGGAGAGUCCGUACAUAUUGUCGGCCCGGUUGCCGCAGCAGAUGCACAGGUUAUUGAACGGUACAGCGAACGGUCAAAUAACCACAGCCCAGACCGAAAGACGCCUUAUAACGUCUAUUCCAACGACCCGAGAAAACCUAUUCUAUACACUACUGUAUCGAGGCGACGGCAGGGCCUCAGGACGACCGGAACUCCCGGCGAAAAUCAGCGGGAGAUUAUCGAGCAGGUAUUAGGUCCGUUCAAACACGAUCUAGUCAAGAUAUUCCUUGACAAGAUCAAUGCUUCUUUCCCAAUAUUUGACGAAGAAGCGUUUUUGAGCGGGUAUGAGGCUGAAGACGACAGUGUCCCACCUGCAUUGUUGUGUCAGGUAUACGCUACAUCAUUAAUAUAUUGGAAUCAAUCGCCGGUUCUCGCACCACAUCCAAAACCUGAUGUCAGGUAUGCAGUUAACAUGGCCGUGGCUGCGCUCCAUGAAGAGUUUUCGGCUCCCGGGUUGUCGACUUUGACUGCGGCUUUGAUCGACCUAACGGGCAGGCCUAUCUUUUCUACUACGGGAAAUGCCAUUAACAGUGGCCGCACCGUGGCCCUUGCACACUGUUUAGGCCUUAAUCGAGAUCCAAGUAACUGGAAGCUCUCUCGUGCAGAGAAGAACCAGCGUAUUCGACUCUGGUGGGGGGUUGUCAUCCAUGACAAGUGGGCAAGUUACGGCCAUGGGGUACCGCCUCAUAUCUCGCGGAACCAGUAUGACGUUCCUCUUCCCACAAUCAGCGUCCUGGUACCGCAAGCGAAUCCCACACAGCAAAGAGUCAGAACUGCACAUUGCUAUAUUGCCUUGUGUCAGCUAACUGAGAUUCUUGGCGAUCUUCUUCCUUUGGUAUACGGGCUCCAACCGAGACCUUCGAAAGAGACAUCGAAAAUUCUCAGGAGAAUGAGAUCAGAUCUGGAUCGGUGGGAAGACUCUUUGCCGGACUGGCUAAAAGUGCCACAAGAUCAAGACACACCGUCAACCUCGGGAGCCAGCAGCAUGCAGCUCGCAUUUUUGGCUCUCAAAAUGCUUGUUUGUAGAGUUGAACUCCAAGAAGUUAACCCCUCAGACAACCCCAACACAGAGGCACGCCGAUACUUCCAAACGGAAUGUAGAAAGGCAGCGGAGGAAAUAGUUCAGUUCAUGCUCUCACUUAGGAAACCGCAGUAUCAGGAGUUUUGGAUGUCCUCAACCCUUCUUGUCCGCUCUGCGCUAGAGACAUCCGAUCCGGAGAUUGCUCGAUCCUGCCUUAACAAUGUCAGUAUCCUCCGUGGCGUUCUUGAAAAGGCCCGAUCUGAAAAUGACUGGGAUGUUGGCGACAUGUGUUUGGAUCACUGCGAGAAGAUUUUGAGCAAGCACACCACCGAGGAGGUCGUGCAAGCUUCGGAGCUUAAUCGAAACGCAACCAUAAAUCACCACGGUUCAGAUGCUCCUGAAACCGUCGUAAUGACACCGUAUGAUCGAGCAAACCACAAUGAUAUUGUUGACGAUAUGAUGUCCAUAUCUGGUACGUUUGGGACGAUGGAUGGCUUUCCUUUUGAUAUGACCGGAAUCUGGGAUGUAUCGGGCCUACAAGACCAGGAUACCAACUUCAUAAACAUGACGCCGUUGCCGUAG